UGUNGAAGAUUUCGUGAUUCCUCACAACUGNGAAUUGGUUAUUCUUUCNGAAGCNGAUGUAGAAAACUUUAUUGGCAAAGACAUUUUAUCAAAUUUAAGGAACGCUUUCAAAUCUGUGGANAAUCCACAUUCGAGAAAUAUUGGCAUUUCAACACUACAAGAAAUAGUUUCAUCUCUUUCNAAAAAUAUUUAGGAAUAUCUCGUUUUCGUUGUUUAGUGAAUGCUUCUUUGUUAUCAUUGAAAUAUUUGAAAUUUAAUAUUUUGUAAAGGAUGUGGAGUUUCUUAAACUUUCUUUAUCAAAAGAUUCUGAAAUGAAUGGAGAUUACCAUAA